AUGGCUCAACCCUGUCACCGCCGGACCACUUCGGACCCCGGAUUCGGCCCCCGAAUAGAUGAAGGGCUGACCGAUUUCCACCCCAACGCACCCCUAGCUGUCUUUUUCACCCUCUUGCAAUCAAUUUUCUUCUUUCUUCUACCUCCGAACCCAGACCCAUUCGGUACCCCUACGAUGUCAAACGAACGAGCGAUAGUCAAAACGUCAGGCUCGAUGCUUGAUGUGCACGGCUCUGCAAAUACCACCGCAGAGCCUCAUCUACAGUCACGGUUGGUAAUGACUUCUCAAGUUGAAGAAAAGAACGGCAAUGCUGAUAACGGGGCUCUUCUUUCUUUCGCCAAAAUAGAACAGGACACAAGUCUUGAUUCUAAGUUGGAAGAUCGUGUGUCUCUCCAAUCUACUCACAGUAUUACUGCCUCGGACGACCGUCGCGUAGCCACCGAAGAUGAAGUGCGCGAUCUUCUCCACGUCGUCGAUAAUGUUCCCGGUCGCGUUUGGGUAGCCUGUAUUGCGGGCAUACUGGAACGCUUUGUCUGGUAUGGGGCAACUGCUCCACUGCGUACCUUGCCCGAGAAUUACCUGCAAAAUGCGCCUGGCGGAGAGGUUCCCGGAGCUCUCGGACUCGGCCAGGCUACAGCUUCAAACAUUGUCAAUGUCUUGUUUAUUGCAUCAUACAUUGCCCCUGUACCUGCCGCCGUUGUUGCCGAUAGCUGGCUGGGCCGCCACAAGACCAUGAUCUACGCUGCUAUUAUUGAGGCCGUUGGUGCCACUAUUCUAUUCGGAACGUCACUGCCUGUCGCCAUCCGUGAAGGGGCCGCCUUGGGUGGUGUAAUCGCUGCUUGCGUCCUCAUGUCUAUUGGAUCUGGUGCAUUCAAUGCCACUGUGGUGCCUUUCAUCGCCGACCAAUACGAUGAGGAGGAAUUUUGCAUUAGGACUAAGAAGGGAAGGAAAUUUGUCGCUGACCGGGAAUUGACUAUUACCUACAUUUACAAUGUUUAUUACUGGACAAUCAAUAUCAUUGGUUUCCUGGCCGAUUCCACACCGUUACUGGAGCGAUAUGUCGGCUACUGGGUCGCAUACUUGGUUCCAUGUUGUGCUAUGUGGCUUGCCUUGCUCCCGGUCCUUUUCGGACGCAAAUACUUCAUUCGAGUUGUGCCUACCACCAACAUCAUGCCGCAGGUAUGCACAGCGCUCCGUCUUGGAAUUACGGGCGGCUUCAAAAUGGAAGCCGCAAAGCCAGACGCUCAGCUUCAGAAACAUGGUCGCCACGUUCCCUGGACAGAUUCGUUCAUCGAGGACAUUAAAUUGAGUCUACUCACCAGCCGAGUUUUGCUUCUCUUCCCCAUCCACUGGCUCUGCUAUAACCAGACCUUCAACAAUUUGAUCUCACAGGCUGGGCAGAUGGAAACCUACGGUAUCCCGAACGACAUGAUGAAGGUUGCAGGGGCUAUUUCCGGAAUCAUCGUUGCGCCCAUAAUUCAGAAGGGGCUCUAUCCUUUUCUUACGAAGUGGAGAGUUUCAUUUGGACCGAUCGCACGCAUGACAGUUGGAUUCCUCGUUCUUGCAUUUGCCAUGGCUUACACCACUGGAAUUCAGAAACUUAUCUACCAGGCCGGCCCAUGCUACGAUCAUCCCCUUGCAUGUGCCGGGGCGAAGGACCGGACGAUCCCAAAUCAGGUUUCGGUCUUUCUCCAGAUCCCCAUCUACUUUGGUGGAUCGUUGGCAGAGGUCUUCUGCUUUACCACGGGGACUGAGUAUGCCUAUAACAAGGCCCCCAAGAGCAUGAAGACAUUGGUUCAGGCUAUCUGGCUCGGUAUGGGUGGAAUUGGAGCCUGUCUUGCUCUGGCCUUUACUCCACUCUCCGAAGACCCCCACUUAGUUACUAUGUAUGCUAUUUUGACCGGGAUCCUGGGCGAUGCGGGGGUCUCACUAUGGAUAAUUUUCCGCCACCUUGAUAUGGUGAAAGUGAAUGAAGAUGCCGAGUAA